GAUAUUUUUAGCAGUCUGAAUUUGUCGAACAGCGUAUUCUGGUUUACUUUCAGCCAAACGCCGCAAUCAUACACAGACUUGGAAUGUAAAGUUAGUAGUCUAUGAAAGCCAAAUGACUUCCGCCAUCAUCUGUGCGAUAAACAUCCUCACUAGACCUCUUGGAGAGGUGUCUGUACAUGAAGCUCAGCCCUCUCACCAGGAGGCCCUUCUGGCAGCUCUGGGGGCUAACCAGGCCCGUCUCCUGGAGCAGCUUCAAAGUGAGAGCAACUUUGAGGAUGUGAGGAAGCUAAGGGAGGAAGUUAAGGCAACAGCAGACUGGUUCUGUGCAGAUACAGAUGAUGCCACGUGGGCUUUUGUCCAAGAGUGCCUCCUGCUGCUUCUUGCUUUAUCGCGUCACCUUUCUGACGAACUGGAGCGUUUCCAGCAGAGUUCUACUCCCUCUGCAGCAAAACCUCACACUCCUGAGAUGGCCCCACCUUUACCCCCUGACGUCCUCAGCAUUGCCCAGCAGAAGACGCUCGGAGCAGCUCUGCAGUUUGUGGUUUGUCUGGGGCUCUGCCCAUACCUGGCCCCUGGAGUGGGUGUGCCACUGAGCCGCAGGUCAGCGUUUGGAGCCAUGGUAGAAAAACUAGUCUAUGUGGGGCCGGUGCCUGCAAUGGAACGCCGCCUCCUUACCACCACUAAGGUCCUGUUGAAGCUGUCAGAACUAUCAUCUCUCGCUACACUUGUGUUCACACAGUAUCUCGGGGACAUGAUGGCAGCAAUAUGCCAACUGGGAUACAUGCCACACCGAGAGGGCGAAAGGCUGCUCAGUGCUGAGGAAUGUCAAACAUGUAAGGAGACCCUCAAGACCCUCCUCAGAAAAGUCUACCAGCCGAUUGUCAUCAAAGAGCUGCUGAUUCUCCAAGGAGGACCCAAACAGUCUGGUCCAGUGGGGGGCUCCAGUGGUUCCAGCUGCAGGGCUCCAGCUUGGCUAAGGCAUCUGUGUGGUCAACUGUUGUCUGAGUGCCUGAUGCAGCCCAAUGGUGUACAGGCUAUUGUCAGAGCAAUUUUGGAGGGAGGUGCAGGGGGUGAGGCAGAUUGGAGGAAAUGUGACGCUGUGGCCAGGAUCCUGGUUGCCUGCCCUCAACAGUCUGCCUCAGCUGAUGGCUAUUUCAGACACAUCUGUCCUCAGAUCCUCGACCUCCUGCACUUCAAAGACAAGCUGACAGCCCGGAAGUUCCAGCGUGUGGCCACCAGGGCGGUGCUCUCCAUGGUGCAAGAGAGGUCUAGCUUUGCCCAGAAGUACAUCCUCAGCCCCCUGCUUGCUGCACUGCACCACUGCACCACUGCCUCCAAUGAGGGUGAUUCCCAAACUGCUGUGGAGGAGUCAGAGCUGACACAGUGUGUGGAGGACGUAUACAAGAUCUGCGUGGUUGGAAACAGUCCAUCAGCUCCUCUUCUCAAAACUCUAGAAGAAGUUCUUCCUGUUAUCUUCACACUCUUCUGUUUCACCAAGCAGAAUGUUUCCCACCUCCGGGUGCCCUGUCAGGAGAUCUUGCUGUGGUACUUGACUCAUGCUAAGAUGUCUGCUGCCUUGUCAGUGCUGAGGCAGCUUUCAGGCCUGCAGGGAGGGAAGAACGAGGUGGCAGAAAACUUCCACUUCACUGUUGGCAGUGAAGGAGGGGCCAGGCUCAGCUCCAGAGGGAGCUGCAGUAGUGAAGAUGAUCGGCUUUAUGAGAAGCUGUCAGGGGACCAGUGGAGAACAGAGUGUCUGAUGCAGCUGCUGGCUGAACUCAAAGACUGUGACCUGCCAGGAGACUUUUUCCUGGACCUGCUGCAGGAGCUGACCAGCUGGGCAGCUGCAGCAGAUGAAGAAACAAAAGAUGAAGAAAAGCUCGACUUGUCAGCCAUGACGCUCCUGGAGGUGGAGCAGCAGCUGCUGUGUCGAGCUGAGAAACGAGCCCAGAGACUGGCUUUGCUUCAGGUACUGGCUGUGAUGGUUGAGUCUCUGCAGCACACUCAGCUACUGAGAAAAACAACACAGGUUGUGGGCUUCGUGGAGUCUCUGCUCCAGAGGUCCUGUGUGGGCCUGGAUCAGGCCACUGGGCCAAAUGCUGACAGUGCAGUAGAGAGCCAGACACUGAGCAUGGGGAUGGGUCUGGUGGCUACACUGUUGUCUGGACCUCAGCUUAGUGUAGAGGACUAUGCGUCUAUGUCAAGGCUGCUUCCAUCUCUGGAGACACUGUCUCAGCAGCACCCUGAGGUGAUCAUUCAGGAGCUGGCAUCCAAUCUGAGAGCUGUCAUUGCCACUCAUGGUGCCUACCGGCCUGAGAACCUCACCACACAGUCCCCCAGAAACUCUAACACAACACUAAAAAACCAAAACGUAGUGAAGGGUGAAGCAAACAACUCACAGACACCUGUCAAUAGCCACGGCAGACUAAUAGCAUCUUCUGGAAGGUGUGGAAUAAGUCCAAGAGGUCAAACCUCUGGCUCCAGGGACCCUCAUCAUCCUUCCAAGCCCUUUUGUGAUUGGUUGGUAGAGGCGUGUGAGCCAGAUGUGCCAACAAGAGCAUUCGCCCUGAGGAUCCUGACACAAAUGGUGCAACAAAGAAACCCAGAGGCUAUCCAGGCUCAGGAGAAAGUCCUAACGCUCUUCUUGGAAAACCUGGAGCAUGUAGACUCAUUCAUCUACCUGUCAGCUAUUCAAGGUCUGGCUGCAUUGGCUGAUUCCUACCCUGACAGGAUUCUGGAAAGGCUCCUAAAAGACUUCCAACAUGGACCCUCUCUCCUUUCCUCCAACAAAGAGCACUCCCUGGAAACCCGCCUUAAAAUGGGAGAAGUUCUGAUGAGGGCUAGCAGGGCCAUGGGGGAACUAGCGCCCCACCUUGGCCGUCCUCUGGUGGUCGUCUUCCUGCAAGGAACCAGGGACCCGGACCAAAGCAUCCGUGCCAGCAGUCUGUCCAACCUGGGGGAGCUCUGUCAGAGACUGGACUAUUCCCUGGGGUCACUUGCUCAAGAGAUAACCUCCUGCCUGACAGCACUGAUAAAGACAGAGAAGGAAGCAGAGGUGAGGAGAGCUGCUGUCCACGUUAUUGCAUCACUGCUCCGAGGCCUCAGCGACAAAACUACACAGGUUCUGAGUGAUGUGUUGCUGGACCUGUACCGAGCUCUCAAGUGGGUGGUUCGCUCUGAUCUGGACGAGGUGUCCGUGCUUCAUGCCCACCUGGCUCUGGAGGAGCUUGAUGACGUAAUGAGGAGAUUCAUCUUCCCUGAGCAGAAGCUGGAGAAGAAGAUUGUUGUCCUACCAUAGAACUCAUUUCUGUGGGCUAUUUGCACUAGUAGUUAUGACUCCAUGUAAUGUGGAUUUAGAGGCUUCAGAAAUCCAGACCAGCUGAUAGCAAAGAACAGAAGAUCCUGCAUCCAUACAUACCAAGGUCUUAAAGAAAUGACUGUGACCAUACACUGUACCACCCAUUUCCCAAAUAAAGUUUUAAGCAUAUUUUUCCUCUAUUUGUUCUAAAAUCGUAACAUAUGUUAAACAUAUGGCUACAUGGUUGAAUAAUCGAGAUAGUUCAAAUACAAUCUAA